AUGUGUUCAGUUUACAAAGAUCGAUUCAUCAAUGCCUCAUCUGUUAUCGAGCCAAACAAAGUCACCAUAGUAGCAGCAAAUUACUUCAAUAAUUCUCCGGAUGCGGACAGCAAUGCGUUGUUGCACGGCGUUCUCUAUAUAGAGAACGCCGUGGUUGUUGGAGGUGAAAAGUUAACAGAAGAGCAAAUAGCAGAAUCGUUAGAUUUUAUAACAGAAAAAGUAGAAUAUUUUGGACUUGACGGAGGAAAAUUAAUUGCAAACUUGGCUCAAUAUCGCACAAGAACAGGAUUUUUUAGCAGAGAAUCGAUAUGGAAAUGCUUAAUUAACACUAACCCCGAUGUUUGGUGGCAAGGACUGUGUACUACUCAGCCGUUGACACCUUUUGCCUCUCGACUUCUAAACGGAAUACCAUCAUCAGCAGCUUGUGAGAGGAAUUGGUCUGCACAUGGAAAUAUCCACACUUCCUUAAGAAACCGAUUAUCUGGACAAAGGGUAUUUUAUAAUAUAAUUUUAUACCUUAAAUGUUCUUAUUUUUAUUGUUUUUUGGUAGAAAAAUUAGUAGCAGUGCAGUGUAACUUAAAAGUUUGCUCUGAGGAUUCUGCAUAUGAGUAUGCACCUAGGCCAUAUCCACUGAUAGUAUUAAAUAACGAUAAACUUAUUGCCCUUAAUAUUGAAGAAGAACAAAAUUUAAAUUCAUCAGAGGAUGACAGUGUAGAUGAAUUACCGUUGUCUUUACGUAAGGCUUUUCCAUGA